UCGCCUUGUCCUACAUUCUCGUCGCUGCGUUCAAACAGUGACGAGAAACUGGCUAGGUUGAAAACGUUAGUAUGGGAUUAGGUGUUAAUUGACAUACUCACGUUUAAAGAACGACGUUUUUGUUCUAACAUAAACGUUUCGAAAAGCAGUGGCCUGUCAGGGUUGUUUUAAUGACGACAGACUGGAAGUUUUUAAGUGGCUUUGCAGUUUUGCUAGUUUGGACGAAGCCGAGUCUGAAGACCCCAUCUACGUCUUAAAGCUAGUGAAACAGAAGGCACUUGAAGGGGCGCAAAUAAAAAUUUCCUUACUCGAUGACAUUACAUCGCAAUGUCCGAUCGUUUGGGGCAAAUAACCAAGUCCAAGGAUGGGAAAAGCAAGUACAACUCGCUCAGCUUAUUUGACAAGUACAAGGGAAAAUCAAUAGAAUCUCAGAAAAACACAGUUCCUCGACAUGGCUUGCAGAGUCUUGGCAAAGUGGCCGCUGCCCGGCGCAUGCCCCCACCAGCUCACCUGCCGAGCUUGAAGUCUGAAAACAAAGGUAACGAUCCCAACGUAAUUAUUGUGCCCAAGGACGGUACAGGAUGGGCAAACAAGCAAGAACAACCCGAUCAAAAGAGUUCUGUUGCAUUAAUAACACAGCUGCCGGAGUUGCAGCCGCCGCUGGCUUUACAGAAAUCUGUUUCCAAUCUUCAGAAGCCCUCACCGGUAGCCAACCAGGAGAACACAAACACAGGUGGACCAAAGCAAUGGGCCCAGCUAAAUGGAAAGGCCGUAGAGCAAGAUGGUUCAAGGGUCUCAAACCGACUUCAGCCCUUCUCUCACGAGGAAUUUCCCACCCUGAAGGCAGCUGGAGAACAGGACAGGGCUGGCAAGGAAAGAAGCGGCUUCGAUCCGUCGUAUGGGCCAGGACCAAGCCUCCGCCCCCAGAAUGUGACGAGCUGGAGGGAAGGUGGUGGCAGGAACCUUCAACCCUCCUUGACCCUCGGCCUACCUGCAGAUUCCGAGGGUAAACUCACUGCCGUGGGUGAGACUGGGAGCCCUCCAGCCACAUCUCACCCUCCCUCUGCCACUAGCACCACCUCUUCAAGCGCAGCGCCGGCAGUGUCGCCGGUUCUCGAGUCCAAGGAGCCUUCCUUGCGUCCCGCCCAGCCUGUUCGCAGAACCACCGUUCCCGCUGCUUUGCAGUACCAGCUUCACCACACCUCAAACGCUGUCUACCAUGAUAUGUUACCUGCAUUUAUGUGUGCUAAAGAGACACGUGAUACCCCAGUGACAGAACAUGCUUCUACUACUGUAGCAGCUCCAGCACGGUUCGACAGCAAACCAACUUUUAGACAGAUUCAUGCCAAACCUGAACUUGCCAAUGGUGGUGUAAGAAGAGAGACUCGCUUUGUGCGUGCCCCAGCCCGGCUAACAUCACAGCCCAUCCGCAGACCUGGUGAUCGUCCAGUUCGACCAGCCAUUAUCAAUCCAGAGGAUUUGAAGGAUCUGGAUGAUCUUGACAAUGACUGCGAGGAUGGAUGGGCUGGUCUCCAUGAAGAAGUUGACUAUAGUGAAAAACUCAAGUUCAGUGAUGAUGAAGAUGACCAUGGCCCCAGUGAUAAAAAUAAAAUGUGGACUGAAUGGGAGAGGGAGCGUGACAACCAGCCCGACUGUCAUUCUUCCCUGAGCUCGGGUGAAGGUUACCCACAAGAUGGCCCUGAAGAGAACUAUUCCUACCCAAAUCACCAUCUGGAGCCUUCUAGGAAGACCAGUGGCAGAUAUCUCUCAGCAGACCCACAGAAAAUCCAAAGUGAGUCACUGACUGAUCAGGAAGAUCACCAGCGCCAUUCUCACACCCAAGCUCCUGCUCGGGCCAAGUAUGUAUCACCAGAACUAUCAGAAGCUGUAGAGAGAGCUCGUAGACGCAGGGAAGAAGAAGAGAGGCGUGCUCGUGAGGAGCGGCUGGCUGCCUGUGCAGAAAAACUAAAAAAACUGGAUGAAAAGUUUGGGAAGAUUGAGAGGCAAACAUCAAGAACAGAGGAAAGCCUGAAGGAAGGAGAAGGCAAAGAAGUACCACUCUCUCCAAACAGGGAACCAAUCAAAGGCUACAGUGACAACUGGCAGUACAGUAGCAAAGAUGAAGGUGAAUGUCCUCCAGAUAAUUCUUCAGGCCAUAGUUAUAGUGAGGAAACUGCAUUCGCCACUUAUCGUGGCAGCGAGGAUGAUGUACUGGAGCCCUCAUCCCCUCCAGGGGACUACAAUGGACGUCAUACCUCCAAACCUAUUGCACCCCGAUUUCAAAAACCCCAGCAGCAGGAUCAAGUAUACAAGAUGCAACAUUGGCAGCAGUCCAGUCACUCAGCACCAUCUAACUCAAGCCACGGCCAGAGAGGCUAUUAUCCUCCGCAUGUCCUCGGAUUUGACCCACGCUGGAUGAUGAUGCCACCUUUUAUGGAUCCUCGCAUGACCCAAGGACGAUCUCCUGUGGACUUCUACCCUGGAAUGAUGAAACCCAUGAUGCAUCAAGAUCACUUGAGCAGUCCUGGUUCUGAUGAGGGAUCCCAUUCCAAUGUGCACCAGGAACGAAGAACCCCCUCCUCUGAGUCUUACCCUAUUUGGAACCAAGAUGGCUACCCACUGCGCAGCUUUACCCCACCUUACCAGAGACAAAAUGAAAACUCAGACAGCGGUCAGCCAGAUGAGAGAAGUGACGUGACCAGUUCCCAGCAGGAUCAGUAUGAAGACAAGUCUAGUGAAUGCGUGACAAAUGCUCAAGAUGAUCUCCCCCAUCAUGCUUUCCAGAGCCGCAGCCCAGAAAAAGUGUAUCAUGACCAAGACUUGCUUACAACUGCCCAGAAUCACUCACAAAAUAAUUCAGACAACGAAUACCCAAAACAAGACAUUAGAGAGAAACAUCUGAAAGAUAGUCCUGAAUGUCAUGAUGAGACCAUACAUGGUUCCAAAGACAACUGGAAAAGAGAUGGAGGCCACAAACAAGAUGGUGCAGUUAUUGCACAGAGCCAGUGGUCUGAAGCUGGUUCCAGUGGUAGUGUCAACCAGCCACCUGAGACAAGUGGGCGUACACUGAUUCGCAGAACCGGACCCAUUAAGAAACCAGUUCUUAAGGCUCUAAAAGUGGAAGACAAGGAGAAUGAGAAGCCUAAGCCUGAACCAGAGGAGAAGCCUGUCCCCUACCGCCUUGAGAAAGAGGUCCUUACUAACGUGUAUGACUUAAAGAAAGACAACCAGCCUGCCAUCAGCCGUCGCGCAGCCUCACCCAUUGUUGAGAAACAGCCUGAAGAAAAGCAGCACCAACAACCACCACCACCACCCCCCAUGAAAAUGGAGAGACCUUUGAGCACUCUCAGUGAUGAUUGUUCUAAGGAGAACACAUGGGAAAGCAGUAAGGGCCACUCACCCAGAGAUAGCCAAGAAAUCCGGGAUGCCCAGGCCCCAAGACGCAAUAACUGGAUUUUCAUUGACGAAGAGCAGGCCUUUGGUGGAACCAGGGGGACAGGUAGGGGUCGCAGUCGAGGCUUUAGGGACUUUAACUCUAGAGGAGGAAUUCGUGGUGGCCGAGGUGCAGAUAAUCUCAGAGGAGCUUACAACAAUAACAGCAGCAGUGCCAUUGGUGCUCCACGUAUAGGCAGAGGCCGAGCACCACCUAGGGAGCUUGUUAAAGUUGAGGAGUACCAGAGAGGCAAGCCCCGGAGGAGAAAUGUCAGUGAGACCUUGAGUGAAGCCUCUGAAUAUGAGGAGCUGCCCAAGAGGAGACGCCAGAAGGGGUCUGAAAACGGUGAAGGUUUCAUCGAGUCUGCUGAGGUCCGCAAAGCUGACAGAGAUUCUUGGAGAUCUAACAAGGUGUAUACAGAUGACCAGGCUGCUGCAGAGUUCAAGGAAAAGAGCAAAAGCAGCAGAAAUUUUGGGGGUCGCACUUUGCCUCCUCGACUGAACACCACUGGUAGUUACAGCCGAAGCUUUGGAGGCUCCAGAGAUGUUUCAACGUGGAGGGGCCGUGGUCCCCAGUUUGGUAGCAAUGGUGGCUCUUUACAGGAGAAUGGUUAUGGUCCUGCAUCUGAAGCGACAUAUUCCCGUAGGUUUCCUGCAGAGCGUGAUGCUCUCAAGUAUAACCCUAAAUUUACUGGCUCUGUAAUGGAUAAUGGCACAGAAGACCGUGAAGACUACUACUUUGACAACGAUAACCCUGACAGACAGAUGUUAAGGAGACGUCGUCCACCACGACAGGAUAAACCUCCUCGCUUCCGUCGUCUACAGCAAGAGCGUGAGCCGGGUUCAAACCAGUGGACCACUGAUGAAUAUGUGAAUGGAGAUUUUGCAAAACCCUGGCCUGGUCGCUCUAAAACUGCUGGGGAGGAGAGCUGGCCCAGUGGUCACUACUCGGGCAGAGCUGCUUUACAUGGUCAGGUGGAAGAAUGGGAGACGGGCUCAGACAAUAGUGACUUCAAUGACUGGAGGGAAAAGCGAGGGGGAAGUGGAGGUGCAGCUCCUCAGGGACCUGGUGAUGUUCCCUCUGACUCUGGCCACAGUGAACUAGGUUCUGGUGAAAAAAGAGAACUUUCUAAGAGGAGUUUCUCCAGCCAGAGACCAUUGGUGGAACGACAAAACAGGAAAGGAGAGCCAUCACUUCUGGAGGCAGGCAAGAUGACGCGUACACCAGAGCCUCCCUCAAACACCUCCUCCAACAGAAGUGACACUUGGCAGAAUGGAGGAAGUACUUGUAAAAGCAGGAGCCCAGAUGAGUUGGGUCCAGUCUAUAGCAUUGAGCAGCAAGAGGAGAGAGAAUCCAGUGAGACCUCUGGGAAAGAACUGGAAGAGAUGAAGCCAGGACCUGUCAAGACAGAAAUAGCUGAUUCUCUGUCCCAGUAUGAUCUCAGCAGCUACCCAAUUGAGGGUGAUGCAGGUGGACCUCUUUCAAGUCAAGAUGGAUACCAGGACGCCUUGUCCAAAAAGCAAAGGCGUCCACAGGAGGAUGAGAGAAGAAGAAGAGAGCAGGGCGCUGCUGUCCAAGUAAAAAACCGGACAAUUACUUCUAAGAUCCCUCCACGCUUUGCCAAAAAGCAGGGAAGCAUGAGCAUGGAACAACCUGAAGAGGCACUCACCAACAAUCUGGGAACUGAAAUCUGGGAGACAAAUAGUUCAGCUCUUUCAGUGCAGUCAUCAGGAGGAGACUCAUGGACUAAACAGGUGUCUUACACUGGGAGUGAGCCAAACUCUGAGGACUCUGAUGCAGGCCCAGAGCAGAGUAAAGAACAGCACAAACCAGGGCCCAUCGGAAACGAACGUUCCCUAAAGCAUCGCAAGGGCUCAGAAGGUGUGGAUCGUCUUGAAGGUGGCCCCAUCACACCAGUCAAUGGUGUGGAUCUGCAUGUGGACACUGUGCUUCCUGUGCCUCCAAUUGAGUUUGGUGUCAGUGCCAAAGACUCUGAUUUUAGCCUUCCACCGGGUUCUGCCCAAGUGCCCGUGUCCAAUCCUGUCAACAAACUUCAGGAUGCACUUACCUCUAAUACUGCUCUCAACCAGAGUAUCCCUAUGCUGCGCUCCAACCACCUUCAGCCUGGCAUUAACCUCAACCCCAUCUCAUUCCCUAGUGCUGAUCUUACACUCAAGAUGGAAUCAGCGCGAAAGGCGUGGGAGAACUCCCAGUCUCUCCCUGAGCAAGGUUCUCCUGGUGGAGUUUCAGGUGUUCAGCCGCCCUGCAGUGUUGGAUCAUCUAGUGGUGUCAGCUACAGUUCUUUUGGUGGUGUGUCAAUGCCACCAAUGCCUGUGGCAUCAGUAGCACCCUCUAUGUCCAUGCAAGGCAGUCAUAUUCCACCUCUAUAUCUCGAUGGUCAUGUUUUUCCAAGCCAGCCACGCCUUGUACCUCCCACCAUGACCCAGCAGCAGACAUACCAGCAGGCAGCUGCAGCUCAACAGAUUCCCAUUUCCCUGCACACCUCCCUUCAGGCCCAGGCUCAGUUAGGACUUCGUGGUGGUCUGCCUGUUUCUCAGUCUCAAGAGAUGUUCAGCUCGAUCCCCGCUUUCAGGUCCCAGGUUUACAUGCACCCCAACUUGUCUCAGCCCAAUCCAAUGGUGCUGUCUGGUGGCGCCCCACUCAAAGGGCCUUACUCUGCCUUUCCUGGCAUGCAGCCCUCAGAUAUGGUCAAGCCACAGUCAGGCUCACACUACCAGCCAAUGAAUGGCAGCCAGCAGCUGGUCUAUGACAGCCAGAUAAACCAGGGCCCUGGAAUGGGCUCUUCCCAGUUAAUGGACUCUCAGCUCAUACAGGAAAAUCUUUUUCACCACCAGGUGACAAUGCCCCUCAAUGCCUCUCAGCUGCGCUACGGCUCUGCUCAGCAGCACCUCAUUCUCCCCCAGUCCAUCCAACUGCAGCAGGGGCAGAACCUUUCAGUGGGCGCUCCCAGAAGAAUGAUGCCACCAGGCUCUCAGCCCACUGUCAUGACCAGCAGUCGAGAGUGUCUGUCAUUUUCUUCUCAGGGCUCACAGAUGGAAAUGAAGGGCUUCCAGUUCUCUGACAAGCCCAACCACUCUCCUGGCAUUUCUGGAGGGUCUUAUAGCCUUUUCUUCCCUCUACUUUUUAACAGACCUGGGUCUGCAAGUCCCAGUGGAAAGACUUCUGUUCCUGGGGGCCCUGUGGGUCCUCUGCCAACACAUUUUACACAGCAGGUCCCAACUGCCCAGGGUAACAUGGUGAUGCACAUGCGUCCUCCCACCACAGGUCCUUUCCCUAACCCUAUCCAGAGACCUGUUAUGCAGGUGAACAAACCUGUAAUCAUCCGUUCCCCCCCUUACCCUAAUCCUGGCCGUGACCCCUCCCACUCCACCCCUCCCUCAGUCCCUGAGCACCCUGUUAAAGGGCCAGAAGAUGGCAUGAAGAAUAAAACCAUGCGUGAAGUGCUUAAGGUAGUGGGUGAAGGCAAAGCACCGUCCAGUGGCAUGACCAGCAAACUCCAGGAGCCCCUCCCCUCCUUGGGCCAAGCCAAACCAGCACGUACAGGAGCCAUCAAACCACAGGCUGUCAAAGUAGAGGAGGGCAAGGCAUGAAAGCAGUGAACCUGAAAGUCUUCAUCAUCCUCUCACCCCCGCCUCCCCUAGCUCCCUCUGGUCAACAUGAAGCUCCUUGACCAAAGUCUGAGCCUUCUGACCACCAUCAUGUACAAAGGCACACAGGCAUAGGGGGCAAACAGGCAGACAACACGAGUUGCCCCACUCCCCACCCCCCACUCUUGAACUGUCACAACUGUACACUGUUAUUUCACACCACGUUUAGAGAUAUAUAAAUAUUAUAAAUAUAUACAUAGACACAAAUGGUCUUUUAAGCAGAUCUCUUCAAGGUUCUUCUUUAACUUAUUGUUUUGUCACUUUACAGAUAUUUCACACUGUUGUGUUUCUCCUCAAUGCAGGAAAGAUGCAAGUGGCCAAUUCAGACACCGUUCAAUUUCCAUAGCUUUUUAUUUUAUUUUUUGGUUUCUCCAAAAAUGUAUUUCUGGACUAAAGCGCUUCAGACCAGGCAGACACUCCAUAGGACGCCCAGAGAGAAGAAAUAGUCUGAGUUAUUUUUAAAAAAUAAAAUGAAUUUAGCUAUGUGCAGUGGGGCACUUGUUAACACUGAUAAAUAGAGGCUUGAGUCACACUUGUUCAUACUAUUGGUCACGGACUUGCUCGUUAACCCAGAACAAACCGAAACUGGACAUCACCGCAUGUCAGGGCAAACUCAAGAGCGUCAGCCUCAAAUCCCAUCCUCCUGGGUUCUUCACCCAGCUUCAUUAUUGUGGCUAAACUGCUUUGUUAUCACUAUAAGAAAUGUGUUUUUCUAAAACGGUUUUUGCUUUCUGUUUGCUUUCUGAAGAAAAAAAGUGGACAUUUUACCAAAUCAUGCUGCUUCCAUUGAAACGUCAUUGACAUUGAUACAGCGUGUGCAUGUGAAGUGCUGAAUGUGUGUAAUAACUGCAGGAUUUCUCCAAAGGCUAGUGACAUUUCACACAGACUGUACCUGAACGCAGCAUUCACUUUGCUGACUUUAUGGUUUUUAAUCAAACCGAGCUGUAAAAUGUUUUGGGGAUUUUUUUUGGUGGGGACAGAUGGUGUUCUCAAAGCUGUAAAGAAACCAUGAUGUUGCUGUUUGAAAUGUUUGCUUUUUUUUUUUAAUCAGUUUGGGCUGUCAUUACUCCUGAGCUGUAAUUAUCAGAUACAUGUGGGUUUUUUUUUUGUUUGUUUUUUUUUUUUACAUGCCGUAACCUGGGGAAAUUAGUUCCUUUUUUUCAUGAAGGCUCCUGAAACACUGCUCACAAAUUCUGUUCUAAUCCUGCUCACUGUGGUGGGAGGUUUGAAGAAAAGGUCUCAUUGCUUUUGAUUAUUCAGCGCCUGGUCUCUUGAGGGGAGCGCUAGCAAUAAACAGAGCCUAACUAUAUUCACAAUCAGGGUCCAAAUAACGUCUUUUUUUUCCUUUUCAGUAACUAAUAAUCAUAAAUAAAGGGGUUUGCUUGCUGAAUACAUUUUUUUCCCUCUCGCUCUUUGUGCGCACUGCAGUUCCAGUGGACUACGAAGGACUUUUAAAGUGUUCUCUUUGAAAAUGUGAAGCUUUUGGAAACAAGUUUUUUUUUUUCUCUUUUUUUGUAAUGGACAAUUUUUGAAACUCAUGCCAAUAUCAUAACUGGGUAAAUGUUACUAACUUACUAUAAAACUCAAUGACACUACAAAAAGUUUAUCUUAAUGUUUCACUGGUAUAUAUGUAUAUGCAUAGUUAACUGUACAGUCAAUACAGCGAAGGGAGAUACACACACACAUACAUGCUUUUCAUUUUUAGAUAUCAUGGCACUAAAAGGAUUUCAUGUUGAAAAGGUCACUGUGUUCUGAGGUUGGACUGCUUCACUUGUUGAUACCUUUAUCAGACUUGGAGUGUUUUUGCCUCGUAUCUCUUAUUGAAAAAACAAAAACAAAAAACAAAAAAAGGUUCGCGAUGCUUUUCAUUGUUUCUGCACCAAAAUGUUGCCCUGACAUGUUUUUCCCUCUUUUUGUAUUUUUAAGAUGCACAUUUCAUUUUGUCAGAGGACCAGUGCUUUCUACAGCUGAUCCAGCAUUCUAUUUAUCCUAUCUGAUCUUUAUCUUUUCAGAUAUUUGGUCAAUACUCCCCCCUUGUUUUAAAAAAAGCUUAUUGAAAGAAAAAGAAAUAAAGCAGUUGUGAUUUCUUAAAUGUAUGGUUGUUUCUGUAAACUCACUUUGUCAUAUUAAAAAAAAACUCAUGCUUCAAAUAUUUUAA